GGGGUAUAUUUGACGAUUUUUGCUGCAGGAUAGAAGUCACAUGUUGUAGACAAACGGGUACUGAGAAGGGAGGUGCUCAGUGCGGGUUCUACUUCAGUCUAUUCCUUGCUCCUGUCGUAUCCAUCCACUUCUUUUUUUCUUUUUUUCUGUACAUACUUCUUCCUUUCCCAUUAAUCCUUCUCUUUUUCUCUUCUAAAAUCAUCCUUACCAUUGACUUUCAUCAGUUAUCUUGUCGGAUUGACUGCUGCAAAUCGCUCUCUGUCUGAGUAUUUUUGGAGACCCGUGUCGUUUCGUGUCAUGGGUAGCUACCGCAUCGAGGAGUCUCCUAACAAGCGGGCCGGUUGCUCUGUCAAGGCAUGCAAAGACCACAAGAUCAAGAUCCAGAAGGGCGAACUUCGUCUAGGAACCUGGGUUGACACCGAACGAUUUCAGAGCUGGUCUUACCGCCAUUGGGGAUGUAUUACCUCUCGGGUUCUUGCAAACAUCUUAGAGUCCAUUUCGGAAGAUGGUGAACCAAACUUUGACAUGGUAGAUGGCCUGGAGGAGUUGUCUGCUGAAAACCAGGAGAAAGUCAAGAAGGCUAUCGAGACGGGUGAGAUUGAUGAAGCUGAUAAGACCGAUCACUCGCUCUUAAAUGGCGAUGCUAGCGAGGAGGUGCAGAAUGAGAUUGAUGGUUCGUCUAAGAAGGCCGAGGCCGAUACUGUAGCCAAAAGCAAGAAGCGAUCUCGUGCAGAUGUAGAAGAAGAAGCGCACAGUAAGAAUACCAAAAAGACCAAAGGCAAACCCGCCGCCCAAGAAGAGGCGCCUGAAGAAAGGCCAGCAAAGCGCAGCAGAGCACGCAAGGCAGUGGAAGAAGCAACUGCUACGCAGCCAGAGAAACCCGUGAAGAAAUCAAGGAAGAAGGCCUCUGCAGCGAAUGGUCACGAAGAUGGAGAACACGAGAGAGUUGAGCAAGAAGCGACCAAAGUCAAUGAGCCAGCAAAGAAAGUCCGCGGCAAGGCGGCUACUACCAACAGCGAAAAGCCAAAGCGCGGACGCAAAAAGAAGGCCGUCGAGGAUGAAGAGUGAAUCAGAAAAAUACAACAUUUUUAAAGUACGUCCACUGAUUUCGUUUAACGGCUUGGUAAAGGGACGCCUUCCGUUGAACUAUCCAUUUCUUUCGGAUCUAUUUUUUUUUUCACACUUCAAUGCAUGUAUCAUUACCAUGUUAAGGGAAGGGGUAUGUUUCUGCAUUCUCAUAUUCGUCAG